ACAUUUCAAACAAAUUUUGAUUUUGAUUUUCGCGGCGAUUUGGAUCGGAGAGAUAAUAAUUUGGUUACAGUGAAGAUAUUUGAUGGUGACGAUGGAUCUAAUUAGAAUUUCACGCAUUGUUGCGGUUGUUUUCAUGGUGUUGAUCCAAGUUGUUUCCGGGAAUUUCGUGUUUAAUGUGACACAUAAGUUCGCCGGAAAAGAGAAAGAAUUGUCUGAGCUCAAAUCUCACGACAGUUUUCGUCACGCUCGUAUGCUUGCAAACGUCGAUCUUCCUCUCGGUGGCGAUAGUCGCGCCGACUCCAUCGGUUUAUACUUCACCAAAAUCAAGCUUGGAUCACCACCAAAGGAAUAUUAUGUUCAAGUUGAUACAGGAAGUGACAUACUUUGGGUUAAUUGUGCACCGUGUCCCAAGUGUCCUGUGAAAACUGAUCUCGGUAUACCAUUAUCAUUGUAUGACUCUAAAGCUUCUUCGACUUCGAAGAACGUUGGAUGUCAAGAUGCUUUCUGUUCGUUUAUAAUGCAAUCGGAGACUUGUGGGGCGAAGAAGCCAUGUAGUUAUCAUGUAGUGUAUGGAGAUGGAAGUACAAGUGAUGGAGAUUUUGUGAAGGAUAACAUUACUUUGGAUCAAGUGACUGGAAAUCUUCGAACUGCACCCCUUGCGCAAGAAGUUGUAUUCGGAUGUGGAAAAAAUCAGUCUGGGCAGCUUGGACAAACUGACUCAGCGGUUGAUGGAAUCAUGGGCUUUGGACAAUCAAAUACCUCCGUCAUUUCGCAACUAGCUGCCGGGGGGAGUGUGAAGAGAAUAUUUUCACAUUGCUUGGAUAAUAUGAAUGGAGGUGGAAUUUUUGCUAUUGGGGAAGUGGAAUCUCCAGUAGUGAAAACAACUCCUUUGGUUCCUAAUCAGGUGCAUUACAACGUCAUUUUAAAAGGAUUAGAUGUUGAUGGUGAACCUAUUGACCUUCCACCAAGUCUAGCUAGUACUAACGGUGAUGGAGGAACGAUAAUCGAUAGUGGUACAACUUUAGCAUACUUACCACAGAAUCUCUACAACUCACUAAUUGAAAAGAUUACUGCUAAACAACAGGUGAAACUACACAUGGUACAGGAAACUUUUGCCUGUUUCAGUUUCACUUCAAACACAGAUAAAGCGUUUCCGGUAGUCAAUCUUCAUUUCGAGGACUCACUGAAACUCUCUGUUUAUCCGCAUGACUAUCUUUUCUCACUUCGUGAAGAUAUGUAUUGCUUUGGUUGGCAAUCUGGUGGAAUGACGACGCAGGACGGAGCCGAUGUAAUCCUUUUGGGAGAUUUGGUGCUAUCAAACAAGUUAGUAGUAUAUGAUCUGGAGAAUGAGGUCAUUGGAUGGGCUGACCACAACUGUUCGUCAAGCAUCAAGGUGAAAGAUGGAUCGGGAGCGGCUUACUCACUCGGAGCACACAAUCUCAUAUCGGCUUCUUCGGUGAUAAACGGAACACUUGUAACGUUAUUGUCGAUGCUAAUUUGGGUUUUCCAUUCUUUUACUUCAUAGUUUUGCUAACAAGGAGAUGGUUUUGUUUGAUUAUUUGAUUCAUUUGAUCCUUUUGUGGAUGUGAUUUGGCUUUUUGGGUCAUGUAACUUUACAUAGACAACUACUCAUUCUUUGUUGUAUACUCUCAAAGAUAAAUAUAUGUACUGUUUUGGUCUUAACUCUUAAGUCUGUAUUUACAUACAGACUAAAAACAUCGAUGUAAC